UAUUUAUUAUGUAAACCAUUUUACCGGUACUUUUAUAUCUUCUUGUCAACCAAGAGAUGAAACUUCGUGUCAGAUUUUUAAUUUGGACAUGCAUAUGUUUGCCUACUGGAAUACUGUUUUUGUAUUAUUUAACUUUACAAACAGCCCCUACGAAAGAAAAUACAAAACAAGACAAAAGUGAUCAGACACGUAGAUAUAUUCAUGAAACGUUUACAGAUAUGUAUCAAAGUAGACGAAUCAUAAGUGCGACCAAAGACAACGAGAAAGAAGUGCGGGCAGGAAAUGAUGAAAAACUUCAAACAACUACUGAUGGCAGAGAAGAAACUAGUUCAAGAAAAUCGACGACGGUGCCAGAGCAAGAUACCCCAAUAAGCGCGACAGAACAACCAGGUCGGACAGGAAACGAUGAAAACCUUCAAACAACUACUGAUGGCAGGCAAGAAACUAGUUCAAGAAAAUCGACGGCGGUAUCGAAGCUGGAGACCACAGUUCAGAAAGCAAUUUCAAAGCCAAACGUGACUAACGUAGACUCAUCAGAAACAGUAAAUAUGUCGGAUACAGAUGUCAUGUUACUGAAGUAUCCACAGUUUCAAUCGGCAGAGGAGGUUGAAUUUCCUACUACAACAAACACGAAGCCGCUAAUACCGCAUAUCAUCCAUCAGAUUUCUUGUAAUGAAAGUGUUCCAGAACCAUAUCAAAGAUUCAUCGAAACAUUUACAAGACAAAAUUUUAGAUGGCAGUAUCGAUUUUGGACGCAUAAAUCUGGACGGAAGUUUCUGGUAGACCGCUAUCCUUAUCUCGUACCUAUAUACGACCUUUUCGGUAAGUGCAAUGCUAAACAGUUUGAUAUGAUCAAGUAUGCUGUUUUACACGAGUUCGGUGGUGUAUAUGCAGACUUUGAUAUGGAGAAUAUACGCCCUUUGGAUAAAGCUACACUGAAAUAUGGCUGUAUCAUACCCAUUGAGCCUAUUGAAAACGUGGCGAUGAGACUUCGGGCUAAAAUAUUUGACGCUGAACUGAGACGUCAAUAUGACCUACCAUACGUUAAGCCUGACGUUAACAAGAACAUCCGAACCUAUCAAAAACUGAACGUUGACGUCAUGCUCUGUCGCCCUAAACAUCCCUUCCUUAAAUUUUUGCUGAAUAAUCUGAAAGAUACCAGAAAUCCUUUUGGAGACCAUGAAGAAGUGAGUGGUGUCGAUUUUGUGACCAAGUCUUACAGGAUAUACAACGGAACAGAUCUCAACAUUUCCGGCAAAGAAGUAACCAAUCAGACUGGUAAUUCGUCCGAUCUUUAUAAAAGUAUCAGUACUAUGCAUAACAACGACACUGUUUAUAUUCCAAAUUCUCAGUAUUUCUCCGAUAGCAUCGAUCCGGAAUUUUUAGAUGAACAAGGAAAUCUUAAGAAAUGUUGGAAAUUUGACCAAAUAACUGAUUUGAAAUCGUUCGAAAAACAAGCAUGCACUGAAUUUGAACGACGCAGGAAGGUUAGGAAAAAUAGGAAAUAUACAUUCAUUGUGCACCACUGGCAUACUUCCAAACUAUACGAUUAUGAUAAAUGGUUAGCCUCAUUAGAAAAGGUAAAAAUUCGCUACAUCGUUCCUGACUGCAUAAUCUAUGAAUAAGUUUUACUUGAAGAAUUUUAUUGGCUAAUAAUAGCAUGUUUCUGAAAUUGUACGACUAUUGUUUACAAAACUUAGUGAUAUGAAUCACUAAACAAAAUACACGUUCAAUAGA